AUGUUGCUACAUUUACGUCCCCAUUUGCAUAUAAUCAUCCUCUGCAUUUGUUGGUAUGCCAUCUCAUCCCUAGCGUCACAAGUCACCAAGCAAGUUUUAACAUUAUGUCCGUUACCUUUAUUCUUGGGUGAAUUCCAGUUUCUUUAUACGGCAUUAUUAGCAGCUCUAUCAUGUACAAUGGCUUACUAUUAUCCUUCAUUCAAUAAUAUCUUCCCCAAAGGUACUUUCCCAGAAUACAAUCGAGAUUACAAUAAUAGUGACUACAUUACAAGGAAUUCUUCUCAACAGAAAAAUAUCAUAACUCGACCAACAAAAUUUAUUUUCAAAACUGUUUUACCCUUAAGUGUCUUCCAAUUCGUGGGUAAGUAUUUUGGACAUAAGGGAACAUCAUUAGUACCUAUUUCCACUGUUGCUAGUAUUAAGACAUUGUCACCUUUAUUUAUUUUAUUGUUUCAAAAAAUGCUAAGAAUAAAAACUUUACCGUUGACUAAGAUCCUUUAUUUUAGUUUAUUCUCAUUGGUAGUAGGUGUUUGGAUUAUUGUUAGAGAAGAUAGUAAAUUCAGUACUAAAAAUAAGAAUAAUUCGAUUGGUUCUAGUAGUUAUGGUGUAAUAUGUGCAAUUAUAUCAAUGUUUAUCUUUGUGGGACAAAAUAUAUAUGGGAAAAAAGUAUUUACUUACAAGUCUGAGAAUCAAAUUAAUCCAACUCUCGAUAGAGUUGAAGAUUAUAGGGAAAAUUCGCCAUUGCCUUAUUAUGAAGGGAAAAUGAAAAUGCCAGAAAUACAGCCUCAUAAGCCUAAAAGUUAUGAUAAAUUGACCCUUAUGAUAUAUAUUUCGUUAGUUGGAUUUGCCUUAUCGUUUUGUUGGUUCAUGGCUCUUGAAUUUCCAAUAAUUUGGGGACACUUAUUUCAUGGAACAUCGAAUGAUCUAAUUCAAGAAAUGCCAUGGAGAUUAUAUUUCUUAAAUGGUACUUUCCAUUUCUUACAAGCAAUGAUAACUUUCCAUUUAUUAGGAGAAAUUUCUACUUUGACAUAUUCUAUAGCCAACUUGAUGAAAAGAAUAGCAAUCAUCUCUGUAAGUUGGGUAUUUGUUGGGAGAAGUGUUACUUUAUGGCAGAUAGUAGGUUUGCUACUUAAUGUUUUUGGUUUAUUCCUUUACGAAAGGUGCAGUAAUAAAAGAAAGCAAAUCAAAAGUCGUCCUGAAUAA